UUGUUUUAUCCCUGCAACAUUUGUUUACAGACUACUUUUGUUUACAGUUAAAAACCCACUUUGGUCACUGGCAGAAAAUAGAGCUGUUAAAUAUUGUUUAAUUAUUAUUGCUCUACUUAUCUCCAGUGGAUGGAAAGAGAGUGCAUUUUGUCUGCAUUAAUCUACCCUGGCAAACACAGUUUGAAAAUUUUUCAAAACAUGGGUCAGCCCUACUUUACCAAUUCAAUACCCUGUAUGUUCACUGCCUCCACAUUCUUUUGAGGCUUAAUUUUUUCAAAUUUUUUUCAGCACCUUUUAAGUUCUGAUAAACCAUCUAUAGAGGAUUUCCCUUGGAUUGUUGUCCCUUUUCCAUUGCUGUGCAUGCCAGGAAGACUAGGUGUUUAUUUCCAGAAAUAGCAUGUGUGACAGGUUUUUUAUCUGAGCUUUUACUAAACUGCACUUUUUGCUUGCUGGCCAUCUAAGCCAUCUCCUUUUUCACAGCUGUGCCUUUCUUCUUGAGACUGAACAGAUUGCAAACAAUGCAGAGCUGAGAGGGAAUGUCUAUUCCUUUUAUUCUGUCCACAUCACAAAGGCACCUGGAAACAACCAUUGUUGUUUCCAAACAGCAACGCUGCCAUGCAUGUUUAUCUCCAUGCCCUUGUUUCCUUCUUUCAGCUACCUUCUGGGUGAUGAACUCUGGCUGGUUAUGGAGUACAUGGAUGGAGGUGCCCUGAGCGAUGUCAUCAGUGAGACUCACAUGUCUGAAAGAGAGAUUGCAGCCGUCAGUCGGGAGUGCCUGCAAGGACUGGAUUUUCUUCACUCCAACCACAUGAUCCACCGAGGUCUGAAGAGCUGCAACAUCCUUCUCGGAACCAACGGCUCUGUCAAGCUGGCUGACUUUGGCCUCUUUGCUCAGCUCACUCCUGAGCAGAGUAGACAGAGCUCCGUGGCCAGCACUUCUGGGUGGAUGGCGCCUGAAGUGGUGACAGGUCAACCAUAUGGCCCCAAAGUGGACAUAUGGUCUUUUGGAAUCGUGGGCAUUGAAAUGGUGGAAGGAGAAGCUCCUUACUGGAAAGAAACUUCUGGCAUGCCUCGACUCGUGAUAGCCAGACGAGGGAUACCAAAGCUGCUGCAGCCCAACCUGUUUUCACCUUGGCUGUGUGACUUCCUGAGCUGCUGCCUGUAGACAGACAAGGAGCAGCGCUGGUCUGCCAAGGAGCUCCUGCAGGUAAAAUGCAAAGGGGCUGCAGGUGAAACAGGGUGCGAGGGAUGGGCUCCUCCUCCACGGAAGUCCAAGGGCAUCAGAUGAGCCCCCUUCCUCCUCACCUCCACUCUUGGUGCUCUUCAAAUGAAAAUGGCGAGGAGUCCUAGACUGGGCUGGGCUGGCAGGGCCCUGUAAAGGUCAUCAGGUGCAAGUGUCCUGCAAUGCGCAGGGACAUCUUUAAAGAGAUCAGGUUGCUCAGAGCCCCUUCCCACCUACCAUGGAAUGUUUGCCCCAUCCCUGCCCAGGGAUGGGGCACCUGCCAUCUCUAAGGGCAACCUGUGUCAGGGUUGCAUCAUGUUCCAAGUAAACAAGAUCUUCCUUAGACCUAAUCUGACUCAAUCCCCAUUAUAUAUUAUAAAUAUUAUCUCAUGUCCUAUUGCAACUGUUA